GUUGCUCGGCCUCACUUCGGAGCAUCACAUCUGCCUCCCUCCUCCCGUAGCGUCGGGGCGAUUUGAAGAAUGGAGGAAAACGGAACGCGUUUCUGCUUUCUGCCUUGGGGACCAGGCACAGGCACACCACUAUGAAGUACGGGACCGUGGCUAAAGACAACAGCACCCUGGUGACCCAGUUCGUCCUCCUAGGGCUGACCAGCGAGCCCAAGCUGCAGACUCCUCUCUUCAUAAUCUUCUUAAUGAUUUAUCUCAUCACCCUGGUGGGUAACCUUGGGCUGAUCGCUCUGAUCAAGACAAACCACCAGCUGCACACUCCCAUGUACUUUUUCCUCGGCAAUCUGUCCAUGGUUGAUCUUUGCUACUCCUCCGUCUUUUCUCCAAAGCUGCUCAUUGGCUUCUUGGUGGAAAAGAAAACCAUUUCCUACCCUGCCUGCUUUGCCCAGCAUUUCUUUUUCCUUGCGCUUAUCACCACGGAGGUGCUCUUGCUGGCUGCGAUGGCGUACGACCGCUACGUAGCCAUUUGCAAGCCGCUGCUCUACGCUAUUUCUAUGCCCAAGAGGGUCUGCAUUCAGCUGGUGGCCGGGUCAUAUGCGGGGGGGGUUUUGAACUCACUGAUCCAAACUUGUUGCUUGCUGCCGUUGCCUUUUUGUGGCCCCAACGUCAUCAACCAUUACUUCUGUGACACCAACCCGCUGCUGAAGCUCGCCUGCUCAGAUGGCCGCCCCAAUGAGCUUUUGCUCGUAACCUUCAACGGAACCAUUUCCAUGUCCGUGCUCGUCAUCAUCAUCAUCUCCUACGUUUACAUCCUCCUCUCCAUCCUGAGGAUUAGGUCUGCCAAAGGAAGGCACAAAGCCUUCUCCACCUGCGCCUCCCACCUCCUGACCGUGACCUUGUUCUACGUCCCCGCCGGGCUGAGCCACAUGCAGCCGGGCUCCAGGUACUCGCUGGAGAUGGAGAAAGUCACCGCCGUGUUUUACACCCUGAUGGUUCCUCUGCUCAACCCUCUGAUCUACAGCUUGAGGAACAAGGAGGUCAAGGACGCGCUUCAAAAAACGACGGCGAAUAACGUUUUGGCAAGCUGCUUGCUGGCCAAACUGGCCCUGGGCAGUUGA